AUUCGCGCGCGAAAUCACUCCCCGCACGACCCGACCGCGAAGCCACCGACGCGCCCACGCGUGUCGCGUCGCUCCCCUUCAACCCGGCCAGCGACACGCGUCGCCACCUCCGCGCGCCCAGCCUCGCCCCCACCCGCCACGUCGAUCCUCGUCGCGCCACGUUUCGGGAUUCCCUCUUUCUUAACGGCUCGCUCCCCGCAGUCGCUCCACCAUUUCCCUCUCCUCCCUUCCUUCCUUCGUCAAGCGCUCGCCUUGCAGAUUUCACGCACAGAGAAAACACUUGUCUCCGCCGUACGCCAACUUUUUACCUGUUCGUCUUUGGAUCGAUCGCUGCUGCUGCUGCUGCUGCUGCUGCCGCUGAGAGAGUGCAACUUCCGCGGCGCCGGGGGGGGAAAGCAUGGCGGCGAAGAGGAUUUUGGUUGCGAUCGCGUUGCUGCUGGCGGUCGCGCCGGGGACGUGCUGGUGCUCGGCGGACGAACCCGAGUACGACGCCAAGCGGGGCGCUUGGCACGGCGGGGCCGACUCCUGGGCCGAUUGGGAGGGAGGGGUUACAACUAAGCAAGACAAAGUGGAAGAUGUAGUUUACAAUGUCAUUGAUAGGGCGGGGGAUGCUGCUUCAAAGGCCACCAGCACAAUGAAAUCUGCCGCAUCAGAUGCCUCGAAAUAUGCUUCUGACAAAGCCGGUGAGGCUGCCAAUUUGGCCUAUGAAAAAGCUCGUGACAUAGGAAGUUCUGCUUCGGAGAAAGCUGACCAAGGUAUGAGAAAGGCAUCUGACAGUGCCGGCGAUGCCAAAGAUUCCAUGGCGGAAGCAAUGGAUUAUGGCAAAGACAAAGCAGCUGGUACUUAUGGUGCAACUAAAGACUAUCUGCGCAUGGCUACUGAUAUGGGAUCAGAUAGAGCUAAUGAUAUAUCUGGAUCUGUGGGCCGUGGAAGAGAUAGAGCCGCCGAUCUUUAUGGUCAAGCAAAAGACAAACUGAAUACGGCCACUGACAUGGCUUCAGAAAGCGCCAAUGAUUUCAAAGGAGAAAAGCGAGAAGAAAUGGGGUAUGGCGCAGAGAGAGCUUCUGAUCUCUAUGGUGAAGCUGAGGAGAAGCUGAGCAUGGCCACUGAUGGGGCUUCAGAUUGGGCUGGGGACGCGAAAGAUAGAAUGACAGAUGCAAUGGGGCAUGGAAAAGACAAAGUAGAGGACGGUUACAACGAAGCAAAGGACAUGGUUUCAGACAAGAUUGGUGAUGGUCAGGAGGCUGUUGAAAGAGCUGUAGGUCAUGGAAAGCAGAAAGUAGCGAAUGCAUAUGACGAGGCAAAGCACGGGGUCAACAGGGCAUCGGACAUGGCCUCGGAUAAAGCCGGUGAUGUCGGGCAUCGAGUGGCUGGUGCAAUGGGCUACGACAAAGAUGAAGCAAUUGAUGCAUAUGAUGAAGCUUUUAAGAAGGUCGGGGAGUCGUAUAAAACAGCCAAGGAGUCCAUGACACAUGAGGCCAAGUCUAAUUAUGAAGCGGCGAAGGAAAAGGCUUCAAAGGCGGCAGGUGAUCUUGGAUCAAAUAUGAGAUCAGACGGCUCGGAGCUGUAAGCCCAAUCAACUAUUGCGACGUUAAUUAGUAGCUUGCGGUCAUUUCAUAGUUUUGAUGAUGAAACUUACUAGGUACGGCCUUUAUCUCACCUUAUGGUAAAGAUCUUGAGCCUCGUAUGAGAGGAUUUACUCAAGAGAGUGAUGUAGAAUUUACCUUUUCAUUACCACGCUUUGGUUAGCCCUUGUCGUCUUUAGACAGACGAGAAUAAUAAUUCCUGAAUAUGCACAUGUCGUUUGCUGAUGAUGCUUAACGAUGGAGAGAGCUUUGCUGCCCCA